AUGAUUCUGGUAACGACGUUGACUCUAUCCUUAUCUGCCAGUUGUGGAGUGGGGAGAGAGUGUGUCCAUGGGAAUUGUGUGCAGACAGACGGAUCUCUUUUCUGCCAGUGCCAACGCGGAUGGUCUGGGAGCGCCUGUGACGCUGCAAAGCCUGGUUUCCGGAUACUUCGAACCGGGGCUGACUCUUCGGGUGGGAAUUUAGAGAUUGCGGUCAGUCAUCGUUGUCUCAUCAAUGGAAAAGAAUGCAAUGAUUCUAUGAAAUGCUCUCAUUAUGACGGUGCGUACCGCUGUGAGCAAUGUCCAGAAGGGUUUGUUUCUUUUGAAGGAGUUUGCACCUCGAAGAAUUGCUACGAACAAGGGACUCUCCUUCACAGCUCCAAUGUCCCUUGUAACGGGCGCGGCCGAUGUGUUCUAAAAGAUGUUGGCAAAGCACACAUAGCCACUUCGGAUGAUUACUUGUGUUCGUGCUACUCUCUGUACAGUGGGAAGUUUUGCGCUGCGUGCAAUGAGGCAGCAGCCGUUGACCUAUCCACUAAAGACGAGCUGAAGUGUGUUCCUCGAUCGUGUAUAGAUGAAAGCGGGCAGAUCUGUUCUGGGAAGGGAGAGUGCGUACCAGACGUGGGUUCUACUGGCAGAGACUACAACUUCAGAUGUGCGUGCAACAAGGACUGCACGCAUGUGGGCCAGUCGUGCGUGCCGACAAGUUGUGUAGCGUAUCACUCUGGUAUUCCGAUUAUCUGCGGAGGGUUUGGCAAAUGCGUCAUGACAACUGGCCUGUAUCGAUGUGAAUGUGAUGCCGACAUGGUCAGCAUCAACGGAGAGUGCGCCCCCGUUGGGUGCACUGAUAGCAAAGCUAUGACCGUGUGCGGCGGAGUUGGUAUCUGUAAGAGAAAUGGCAGGUCCUACUCCUGUGAUUGUGGCGAUGUUGCAGCCGGCUCUCUUUGUGAGAAGUGCAUACUGGGGGCCUCGCAGGUGGUGGAAAAUCGCUGUGUUCCUCUAACUUGUGUGUCAAGUGAUGGGUCAAUAUGUAAGAAUGGUGGCCCGUGUGUUAAGUAUGAAGGGACUUAUCACUGCCGCUGUCCAGACUCGUUUAUUGAGAGGCAUGGCGAGUGUGUGUUGCGUGACUGUAUUGAUGAGCACUUUGGCACUAUUUGCUCUGGCUAUGGCGCAUGCUCGAAUAGCCUCACAAGUCAAAGUGCGUGUAUCUGCGAACAAGGCUAUACGUACAUAUAUCCAGGACGCUGUGUGCCCAGUAAGCUGAUUGCUAAUGGAGCUGUUUGCAGUGACAAUGGUGUUCUUAAAGUAGCCAUGGUUGGUGGAGUAUCAAGCUUCCUAUGCUCAUGCUCACACAUAUACACUGGAGAAAACUGCUCUGAAUGCAAUACAAAGGGAAGUAACCCCACUGCCGAGAUGAUAGGUAGUCAAUGCAUUGCCAAGAGCUGUAUUACACAAUCACCGACGCCCGCCAACACUGGGGAUAUGUCUGGUGUUUGUCAGAACGCAAAGUAUACCGUGUUUGGCGACUCAACCGCCCCAUAUAUUACGUGUGUGUCAGACACAUCAACAAGGGUAAUUGCAUACAAUAACACAUACCUCGCUGAUGAGGAGUGCACCCACGUCAGUCAAAUAAAUAAGACUAGGGUCUUUUACUGUGGACUACAUGAUGGCCUUUCUGAUGGUAUAGAGUCUAGUGGUGCACCAAAAUGUUCAGACAAAUCUGGUGCCUCAGGAAAGGUGUGUACCUGUCAGGACAACUUCCACACUGUAACAUUUACCUCGGGCCCCAACAAGGGUAAGACAACGUGCAUUCACAAGGACUGCCACGACAACUCAAGCGGUCGUGAGCAAGAUAAUUAUUGUGGAGGAAUAGGAGAUUGCGUAAAGGAGGCUAGUGCCUCAAACUACCAUUGUGACUGUGGCAGCGAGGCAAGAUGGGAUACGGCAAGUAAGCGUUGUGUCGCAGACUCUUGCAUGUUAAAGAAGACUUUAGCUGGCCCUAGCAUAGUGCCCAAUACGUAUUGUGUCACAAACGAUGUGGCUACAAAUAGAAGCGAAAGCUGCUUGUUGAGGGAAAGCGGCGACUGGAGUUGCCAAUGCAGCGGCCUGCUCACAACCUACGUCUCUACAUGUGUCCUAUCGACUGCGUAUGCCGAUGAAAGUGCACACAGAUCAAUAGGAUUUUGUGGUGGCCCAGGAGCUGGCGCUUUGGAUGCUACAACAAACGCGUGCAUAUGUUCCAAGAACUUUGUGAAGAUAGGCGGUUUCUGCUAUAGCGUGAAUUGCCUGCCAAGCAAUCAUAUUCCUGGGGAAUACAGACUGAGCCACGUAUGUUCUGGAAUAGGGUCGUGCAUAUACACUGAGACCACUAACUCUUAUGGCUGUAAGUGUCCCGACGAAACCGAAAGCUACGGAGGCUACUGCACCCACACAGGGUGCGCUGUUCUGACGUACGUUGGAGGCAAAUUGCAAUACUCUGAGUGCGGGGCUCUUUCGCCGUUCGUCGAGUGUCGCAUGAAGAGUGCCGGUGGUGGCCACGAAUGCGCCUGCUCAGGGCCAUUCACGCUGCUCAAUAAGAGAUGCAUCCACCAAGAUUGUCUUCGCGACAACGUGUACUGCGGAGGAGACGCUCUGGCCGGCUGCGUGUACAAACCGGAGCAGCAGAGGUUUGGAUGUGCUUGUUCCGAAGGCUUUCUCGCUGUGAGCACAGGAGAGCAAUGUGUCCCGAGGAAGUGCAUCUAUGUGCACUCGACUCUCGCUGAGCCAAAGGUGUGCGGAGGAUUCGGCACUUGCUUUGGCCAGGCUGGAACCCCCCUUUCUGAAAGGAGGUGUAGCUGCACAGACAACACUACCGAAGUAACGCUUCGCGACAUCACAGGGGUCCUUAAGAGCACGUGCGUCCAAGAAGAUUGCAUCAAUUACGUUGAUCAGAAUCCUCUGAUCUGUGGUGGUGUCGGUGAAUGCGUGCAUGGAAAGUGUGUUUGUGAUAUCGGCUACUUUGCAGUCAAUGGAACGUGUGCCAGCCCGCGCUGCAUUGUCCCUGUAGCAAGCGGUUUGCAUACAGUCCAGUCUGUGUGUGGAGGCCCGACUGUUGCCUCCUGUGUAGUUUCUGAGCUUCCAAACACUGCGCUGAAUGGAUAUAUAUGCAAAUGUAUAAAUACGACAGACAAUAAGUACAGGCAAAUCGGCAGACAGUGUGCUCCACAGGAGUGCGUCUUCCCAAGGUCUGCCAAUGGUCACGACGUCGACACUGUUUGCGGAGGACAUGAGUUUGGUACAUGCGUUAUGGAUCUAGUGGGCAAUAAGUCUUAUUGCUCUUGUGAUAAAGAUGUUGCUGUCCAGCUCUUUACCGGAAGAUGCAUUCCUAAGGAGUGUGCUGGCCUCAUUGACUUUAAUAAGUACGAGGAAUGCGGAGGCAACGGAAGCUGUACAAGGUCUGGCGAUAGCUAUUUCUGCACAUGCAAGUCUGGAUAUAAGACAAUCACCUUCCGAGGCGUCGUGUAUCCGUGUGUGGCAACGGAGUGCAUUACGCAAGAAUCGGACGGGGCAGAAACUGUUUGUCACAGCGGAGGGGUAUGUUCUGCAGAGAAGAAGUGUGUCUGUAAGAAUGGCCACUACGGGGAAAAGUGUGAGAAUUGUUCGAGUGGGUACACAAGGGACAGAAGCUCCAGAACCUGCUAUGUCAAAGAUUGCUUCAGUUCCGAGCCGGGCUUUGAAGACGUUGUUUGCAACGGGGCUGGCAGGUGUGUUGAAGAGGAAGGAGAUAAGGGUUACUGCAUCUGCGAUUCCUACUGGGGGCCGUCAGGCACGGUAUGCUACCCCCUAGGGUGCCUUACUCUUGGGACGGUGUGCAACGGUAACGGCCGAUGUACGGUGGUCAAAGGGGGCGUUUGUACAUGCAAUGACAACUAUCAGAGCACCGUUGAUAGCAUAUGCGUCCACAAAGACUGCAUAUCCACUACGGGUGGCGUUAACCUGGUCUGCAGUGGACAUGGCCGUUGUCUCUCGGAUAAUGGGAGAGUACCUGUCUGUAGAUGCUAUCCAGGUUACACACUAAAGGACAGUUUUGCAUGCGAGGCCGACGUAGCAAGAACAGCCAUUCAACCCUACGUUCCAAUUGUCGUCGGAGUUCUUGUCCUCAGCGUGCUUGCAGGUCUCAUUGGGUUCCUCUCGUGGCGGUUCUGUUGUAAGAACAAGAAGCCCAAGCAUCCUCUCGAUAUACCCACGAAGCGACGAGGCAGGCGGGAAAGGUCUGCCAUAGCACUCAUAUCUUAUGCAAACUUCCGCGGUCGUAACGCAAACGAGGCCAUGGGACUGGCAGAGCUAGAGGAAGGAUCCGAUGGUAGUGCCGCGGUUUAA